AUGUUUGCACAUAGUUUGCCCGAAGACGAGUUUCUACACGUUUCGAAAUUUUACUUUGUAGAGAGAAAACUCGGAGGAGGUUUUCUGACUGCACGACGUUCUCCAGAUCGUGCACGGCAGAGACUGUCAUCCGAUGAAAGUGCACCGCAGGAAACAGAGGAUAUCUUGUUAACGCUGGCCGACCUUCAAAAACCGUCUGGAUUCUGGAAGUUGGAUGAGGAAUUGGCGAAAACCAUUCAGCUGACUGUGGACAAGAUCAAAUCCACAAUUCCGCCACACUGGUCCGAUAGUGCGAAAGCUCCGGUGGACGAGACAGUCUGGACCACGGCGCUUGUUCUGGUCUUUUUGGAGUUGUCACUCGCGGAUCGAUCGGACGAAUGGUCCUUGUUCUCACGCAAAGCGCGUACGUGGUUAGAGGGACAAGUGCUCAGUAGUGUGAAAGAUGCGAAAUUAGCAACGGAAUCGUGUGAUGCAAUUUUGCAGAAGGCCAAAACCAUACUUCAAUCGAAGUAG